AUGUCGUCAAUUUCUGUCGCACACCCAACUGGUUCCUACCUGGCAGUGCACCGACCUCCGUUUCCACAGAUCCAGAAUGGGGAAUACUCGACGUGGCAGAAAUGGAUGUUUGCAAACGUUCCAUUCACUUUGCGCCUAUACCGUAACUGGCUUGUCACUCUUCAAGCGAUCGUGCCUAUCUUACGAACGUAUUGGAGGAGGCUGAAUGGCACAACAAGACCUGAGGAGACCUUGGCAAGAUACAUCAAAGAAACUGCGCCGCAACGGUACCACGACAAGCUGGUCCCUGAUUACCCUUGUCUGCACAAGCCCAAUGUUGAGCUGGUGUGGGACAGCAUUCGUGACAUCUCUGACACAGAGAUCACAACGGAGAAGGGCCGCACAGGCGAGACGCUGGAGGGCUACUUCUCCCACCAGGGCGGACCGUCUGCAUAUCAUGGCGUGACCGUACCUGGCUUUCCCAAUUUCUUCCUUGUCGGAGGCCCGAACACGGUGACCAGCCUUGGCUCCGCCGUCUUCACGCACGAGAUCGCGAUCGAUUACAUGAUGCAGCUUCUCCGGCCACUUGUCGAUCCCUCGCCCACGAGAUUGACUGCGCUCUCCGUCCAGCCUCCUGCGCACGAUGCGUACAACUCGCACCUGCAAGAGCGCAUGGGUGCAACGACGUAUGUAAGCUGCGCCUCGUGGUAUCGCGCAGGGGCAGACGGGCGCGGAAAGAACUUUGGCAUCUUCCCGGGGUCGUUGCUCUCGUUUUGGUGGUUGAUGCGCAAGGUUCGAUGGGAGGAUUAUUUUCUGGAACGUUCUUGCUCAUGA